UAAGCCGGCCGCAUCACACUGCUUUUUUAUUUUUUUAUUUUUUAUUUUUAUUUUUAUUUUAUUUUUUAAGGCGGGCAUAUAUACUCACAUGCACAUCACGUUUCCUCGACCGGAUCGCGAAGUUGCCGUCGUUGGUAACGGCAGAGGAGAGGGCAUGGGUUUCGCGAGAUUCAGGCAUCAAAAGAACGACGACGCAGGCGCGAAGGCAAGUCGGCACCCAUACCACGCGCUCCUUGGUUCAUCCAAGCCGCGAUGGAAUCGACCUGAAGUAAGUUUUUUUUUGCUUUCGGGGCCGGGACAGUGGAGGGGUGGCAUGCACCGACGUCGGGGGUGCCGAUCUUCAGCCGUGGCUCAUGGGGGACGGGGACGGAGUAGAACCGCGGGGUCCCGGAAGAAGGGCGACUUGCUUCGACCGUCAGGGAGCCUCCAUGGGAGAACCCAGGGCCGUCGAGGUGGGCACAGGACAGGAGACAUUCGAGAGAAGGCGAGCUGGACACGCCGGGCCAAGCCCGUGUCAAGCUCCCCGUCCAAGUGGCCGGGCGGUCUGGAAUACUCUGAAUCCCUCUCGGAUGCUUUAAAGUUCUCGAGGGGGGCGAAUCUGCACAAGGGAAAGCCCCGAGCGUGUAACGGGUAGUAGAGUCUCCCCUGUUUCAUUUUUCUUUUUGAACAGCCA